UAUAUCAUAUAUAUUAUAUAUAUAUUAUAUGUAUAUACACACGUAUGAUACAUAUAGACUGUCGCUGGAAAAAAAAAAGUUUUUAAUUGCUGCUGGGUUUGUCUUGUUGAACGUUAGUCUAUCUUUAUAUAUAUUUCUCUCUCCCAAACUCUCUUAAUUGCCUCAAAAAAAGUUUCUUCUAUCCUACGUUGAUCCACACCUAAGUACACACGUGCGUACACGCUGUCUGUCACGCAUCUCAGACCUUAUAUAUAUAUACACACACACACGCGCAAACACGUAUAUAUGAGACAAAACGUGUGUGUGUGUGUGCGUACACGUUUUGUAUUUAAUCUUUAAUCUCUUCUGUUUCUGUUUUCGUCGUCGUAAACUGUUAUCAUAACACACGCACGCGCGCCCUCUCACACGCACUCUCAUGUCAUAUAUCUUUGUGACACAGUCGCAUCUUAAAGAUACAGUGUAAACACACACACACACACACACGUUACACACAUGCUCACGCGUGUAUAUACGCUCGCACAUUCAUAGAAACGCAUCUUUAACUUUAUAUCUCUCACUGCUACACACACACGCAACACACACAUACACACACAUACACAUACACACACACGCAACACACACACAUACACACGCAACACACACAUACACACACACAUCGCAACAGACGCAGAGAUACUGAUACAAACAUCACAAGACACACACACACAUAUACACAUACACACAUAUAUAUAUAUAUAUAUACACACACAUUCAUACACUCGCUGACACAUCCACCAACGGACGCCGUUAACAUACAACAUAUUGUCUUUCUUUCUCUCUUUCUCCCUCACACACACACACACACAUAGACACAUACACAUACAUGUACCAUUAGCAAUCUAAUACAUACACACGCACACACACACACACAAUACGAUAAGGUGGACGCAGACAAGGACGCUCUAAAACAAAUAUACACACAGCAGAGAAAAGAAUAUAUAUUUAUAUACACACACAUACACACGUGCUCACAUCUAUAUACACGCGUAGAUAUACACACAUAUAUACACACACGUAUACAUAGAUACAUACACAAUGAAUCGUUUAGGAAGAAGAUUGUGGCGGUUUAGUGUGGUCUACAGUAGAGACUAUUGUAGUAGUAGUAGUAGAGGAGGUGGCGGCGGUGGUGGUGGUAGUAGUGGUAGUAGUAGUAGUAGUAGCAGUGGAGGUGGUGGCCGUGGAAGUCGAGGUGGUGUAGUGCUCACUGGUGUGUCGUUAGUGAUGCUUGGUAGUACUAGUAUCACACUGAUGGCCUCAAAUAAACAAGAGAAGGAACCAGUUUUAUCCUCCGCAGAACCAAAGUUAACCUCCACAGUACCAAAGCCAUCCCCUACAGAGCCAAGCAAACCCGACACAAAACCAAACUUAGCUCCCACAGAACCAAACUUACCCUCCACAGAAACAAAUUUACUCCCCACAGAACUAGAUUCACCCUCCACAGAACCAAAUUUACCAGAACAGUUAUGCUAUGGGCCAGACUUAUCCGAAGAGGACCUAGUCCCACGCAAGGAGAACCCUCUCGUUGCCUGUAUCUCCCGCUUGCUGUGUAGGUUCAAAGUGGAGUCGAGCAGCCAAAUCAGCGAGGACCAAAAGCCGUUGACUAAAUCAAAGUUAGCUGGAAAGUUACCUACCUGUUGCGAGACUGAUGUUUCUAAAACUACCAAACAAGGCCCCACCAAAAACUGCAUCACCCAUGGUACUGCUGAAAAGUCGCAACAAUGCCCCCCUCCAGGACUUGUCCUCAAGAAGGCCCUUGUCAUUUUCCGACACGGAGCACGAACCCCCAUUCUGACUAUUCCCAACAUCGAACAGGCCUCUUACACAACCAACUUAUUCAUGACCGGAAUGCCGUUUGCUGAGUUUGACUACAAUGUGGUGGACGAGGCGAACGGUGGCCCGCAGCCUUAUUCUGCUACCGAAGCCUCUUACAGACCAGUUAUACUAAAGGGUGGUGCUAUUAGUGCACAGCUGACAUCCCUUGGUCAUUACCAGACUUACAGCCUAGGUUUGUCCCUGCGUAAAGAUUACAUUGAGAAACACAAGUUGAUCAGCAGUGAACUGAAGAAUGAAGAAAUUUUUCUAAAAUCAACAAACAUCACCAGAACCAUCAAGUCCCUCUGCUCAGUUCUUUCUGGUUUGUACGGACCAAUAGAAAUAAGGAAAGUUGCUCCCAUCAGUAUUCCCGUGGCCAGUGACAACAACGAGGUGUUGAUCCCGAAGCCCUCGUUGUGCCCCAACCUGCUACAUUACCACAUGUUGGCACAGAAGGUCGCCUACUGCCAGAGUGACAUGUUGUACGACAGGCUCAAGAUUGAAAAGGUUCUCGGUAUUGACUCUUUCAACACUAAAGAACGAAUUAAGUGGAUCGAAGCCCGAGACGACUUAGUUGCAAGAAAGGUCCACGGUCUUCCGAUCCCCAACCAGCUGGAACCAUUCAUGAGUGUCAUAGAGAAACACGCCACAACAUUGCUCUAUAAAUCUCUCUGCGGACUCGAAAAAGAUGAUCGUCGAAUAGCAACUGUUCUUUCCUGUGGCAAAGCUAUCGACCUUUUCCUGCAACACCUGGGUCCUGAUUCAAAGGAUUCAAACUACAAGCUGUAUUUAUACUCCUGUCACGACUCCUCACUCUGUGCAAUACUCGGUGCCUUUGACAUAUUUGACUACAAGUGGCCCCCCUUCGCUGCUGACUUGAGGAUAGAACUGUACGAAGACAAGAAGUCGCACAAAUUUGUGAAGGUCUCCUACCUCAAUAAGGAUGUAAUAUCCCGUGGCUGUGAUGAAAUCUAUACCCCUUAUGACAAGUUUGUUAAGGGAUUGUCCUGCAUGGCAACUGACAAAGAGACACAUGACAAACUGUGUAACUCUUCUGAAAUAUGUCGGAAAUUCUCACAAGCAGCAUCAUCAUCACCAUCAACCAUGUCAUCAUCAUCGGUAGACAGCUUUAAAAAAAGAAACUCACUGGCCAAGGCAGCAGACAUGAGAAUGUUGUGAUUUCGAGGGAGAUUUGGCUGCUGUUUCUAGCAGUUUUGACAGACAUCCCUCAUCGUUUACCGCCAUAAUAGAAAAAAAAAAAAACCCGGCUCCCUCGUUCGACUCCGACAUAUUUGGAAUAUUUUGAUUGUUGUUGUGUUGACUAGAGUUAUCUUCUCUUGUCACAUCGUUCGCAGUCAAAGAAGAAACACUGCUCCCUCGACACACAAAGGCCAGAGACAGAUUUUUUCGCAUUUUCGUACGCUUACCAAACUAAAUGCACGCCCACGACUGUGAGUCAGUCGAUGUGAAUGACGAAUGACGCCUCUCGCUUGCAAUGUCUUUCAAAUGUUCUGACAUAAGCAUCAACAAAUAAAUAAAUUAAUUAAACUAAUUAAUAAUAAAA